AUAUGACGGGUUUCUUUUAACUCCACCAGUUGAGAUGUUCAUCUUUAACAAACUGUUCUUUCUUUCAAUAAGCCUCGUCAAUAUGAAUCUCGGUAUUCUCGCUGACUCACUGAAAAACAAGUUCUGCAAGCCCAGUGAAGUAAAAGAACUUUGCUUGGAGAAAAACACUUGGGCCUUUGACCAGAAAACUAAAACAUGCAAUCCUGUGAUUCGGACCAAAGAACCGUGCGGCUUCUUUAAUAACGAAAAGGCUUGCGAGGACUUCUGCUUGAAAAAAGAAAAAAAGGGUUUUGUAGAAGAACGCUUGCAAAGCAUGGAAAAGAAUAGAAAACGUUGAAAAGGACGAAUCUGGAAAGAAACUUGGCACCAAGAAUAUAGCCUGGCAUGGGCAGCAGGCGUAUAUGUCCCCCGAGAACAUUGAAAAUGUAUUUUAAAAACACUUCGUUAUCAAUUGUGGCAUUUUCUUUAAUUUUUAAUACUUUUCAAAGCAAAUAAAAUAACAUGUCUG